UAACGCUCCCGCCCCACCGAUCCAUAUAUAAGAUCAGGACCACCCGGACGACGAUACCACUUCUGCCCCUCAUCCCAGAGAACCCCUCAAUCCCUCAAAAUGGUCUACACAAUCGUCGUUCACAUGCGGGCCAAGCCCGACGAGGAGUCCAUCUCCAAGCUGCACGCCAAGCUCAUCGAGGCCUCGGGCGUCUACUCCAAGGACAAGGAGACUCUGUCUUGGUUCGUGAUGCAGUCGGUCCACGAUAAGCAGGACUUCUGCAUCGUCGAGCGCUACCUCAACGAGGGCUCGCAGAAGUACCACCUCGAGAACCCCUACUGGAAGACCUUCGAUCCCUACGUCAUUCCCCUCCUCGAGAAGGAGAUGGAUCUGCGACGCUUCGAGGAGAUGUGCUAGAGGGCUUUGGUUACUCGAUAUAUUGAGUUGAAGGAGGAUGGAUGUAUAUAUUUUUAUGCUGCCGAGAAUACCAAUUGCGAUUGCCGUGUCAGGUGUCGAACAUUGAAGCAGUGUUUGGUGUUGUAUUCGGGUCUUUUCAUGAGGCUCCUGAUUCAUAUCGCAGAUUAUGAAAAGCUCGUAUGAAUUCAAUCCCAUCCCGACCGACGACCGGCAACCCGAGAC